AUGCCAUUCAGACAGGCGCUUCAGGGAAUCAUCGACAAGGCAGAUAAGGCCUGGGAUGAAUUGAUCCAUCCCGAUUCUCAGCCGGCACCAUCGUCUAACAAUCCUCCGCCUGUUCCAACCUCCAGCAAACCCCCACUAGCUUAUCAGGAACAGCACUGGCAACCCCAAAUCUACUGGCAGCCCAAUCUAAAUCCCGAAGCACCCGUCUCCUCCAACUUUUACCAUGAACAGGGUCAACAUGGAUGGGGCAACAAUGAAGCGCAGAAUUAUAUCAACAGCCCGCAAAACUCACUCCAUUCCGCCCAGGGUGAUGCGGUGGUCCUGCGCGCUCUGAUCAACCACGGACACCCCGACCAUGCCCAAAAGUUCACCAGCGCCAGGCUGUCGAGUCAUCAGACACUCAGCCGACCACGGGGCUGCCUGUCGGCCAGAAUUACGGCGCCGGUCGCCCGAGGUAUCUGGCCAGCCUUUUGGCUGCUGCCUAAAGAUCCCUUCAAGUGGCCCGAGGAUGGCGAAAUCGACAUAAUGGAGGCGUGGAACGGCGAUGCUAUCAACCACACUUGUCUGCACUGGGGCCACUUUAACGGCGAGGACUGGAACAAGCAUCGCGUUCUCGAAACUCCAAUCCCCAACAUUAGCUCGCCGGCGGGUGUGAAAUACGAUUUUAUUUGGGACGAAGACGAAACGACAGGCAGGGGCCGCUUGGUCUGGUUGAUUGAUGGUAUGCCUAUCAUGCGGGCAGAGAAGCCGCCUGGCACGAGGAAGAUGAGUGAGUUCAGAAUUCUCAUCAACAUCGCCGUUGGAGGAAACGUGUGUCAGGGUAAUAUGCCCAGCGAUGGAUGCUAUGAGACUGUGGUUCGUGAGUUGGCCAUGUGGGACGCACCGCCUGGUGGUUGGCAAGAGUUUGACAGGGCUUGGAGCAGUUCCAAAGAUGGCAAUACCAUGUAA